CGUGCGUGAAACGUCAGUGGUGUGUAUGCGGCUGGAGGAGGAGGAUGGGACACUGCUGAUGCUGAUGCGAGAGCUUUCGGCGUCUGUAAUCAACAUCGAUGGUCUGACUGCCAAAACGAUGGAGUUUCUUGGCCUCAUUUGACACCCUGUUGGUUUCACUGUGGUCAUCAGCGGGGGACGCUAGCGCAGGUGUGCUUUUGAGGACAGCGGAGGGAUUUGAUGAGGGAAAGAAAACGGUUUCGUCUCGUCACUCGUCUGGCCUGGCUUCUGAGGGACACAGGUGGACCGCCGCUGGAAAACGGCAUCAAAAUUAGGCAGUGAUAUUUUACUGCGAAGAGGACGAUACUUCACGUAAUUACCCUUUGAACCCCGAAGCUAGCAUUUUGGUAUUGUUUUAUCAAGAGAGGACGAGAGUUAAGCUUGAGGGUUUUUUUGGUGUGUUAGCCAGCUAAUAGGCUAAUUUCGUUAGCAAGCCUGUUAGCAGCUUCCCCGACCAAUGGCACGGGAGAAGUGGGAUGCUCGAAGGAGGAGUUAACGGUAGUUGCUGGCUUAAAUUCAUUCGAAGGAAAGACGGUCGGUGACACAUGUGGGAAGCCGCUUUGCAACAACAGAUUUGGCGUUAACGUUUUACAGCUUGGUGUUAAUUCAGCUUCGAGUAACGCUGCUUACGUCGCUUCCCUCCGAGGCGAUUGAUAAGAUUAGAUAAUCGGCUAAUAAGGCUAAUGUUGACAAACACUCUUGACCUAACGCGUUAAUUCGUAACUCUAGUGUUUCAUAUCAUCUCGCUGUCAGAGAUGCUGUAAAGUCGUGUGCUUGUCGGUUCAGUUUCGAGACGUUAUUGAGCAACUUUCAGGCCGCAAGUGAAGCAUGCUGAAGCUGGAACAUCUGACAACUACCAGGAGCGGACCUGUCAUGGCAGAAAGGGAUAUAGUGAGUCCAGACGCAUUUCCAUCAGCACCAUAUUCAGUGUGGCCAGGAAAUCAGUAUGAUUUCUAGAUUUAGGUAAUGCUGUUCUCGAGAUGUGGGGGGCAACCACUGAAUUAAAAGUCAGAAAUAGAGUCUUAGGCGUUUUUUCUAAACCUGCAUAUCUUCUUAAAACUAUUGUAGUUUGUACUUCGUAAAAUCACAAUAUCUGAUAGCAUCUUUUAAAUGAUAGAGGUGGGGAGCGCUUGUGGGGGCUCUCCACACUUGACUCACAAUUUCACUAGAGAUGUGCUGUGCCAUAUAGAAGCAUGGCAUUAAAAUUGAAGGAUUGGAUCUUGACAGUAGUGAAAUAAAAAUAAAUAAAUAGAUACAAAUCAGCAGCUUUCAUAGGUUUCCAAAGGUGAACAGCCAGCAUAAAUGGAGCCGACAGUUGUGUCUGGCCCUUUGGGGCACACGCAGUGGGAGCCAGAGCAGCCAUUUCCUCUUGGAUUUGAGACACUGGAUUCAGACAAUGCAGGUGUGCCCUGUCAAAACAAGAGUGAACAGACAGGUUUGGACUUCAGGAAUGGCGACCAGAACAACAUAUCCCAACAGACUCAGAAGGAAAAGGAUUUAGUGGACAACCACCUGAAUGUCUCAAAUCUUUCUUUUGGAGAUUUGCAGUUUGAGGGAGAUCACACCACUAUCUCCCAAACUUUUCUCCACAGUACUCGCAUUAAGGAUUUGUCUUGCACAGAAAAAACAGAGGGACUUGAUGAAAUUAGUGACUGCACAUUGUCCUGGCUAUUUUCUCCCAACUUCACUGAUGUGAUUGGAAAAAACUCUGCUCAAAAGGAGCUGACUCUUAAACGGGAUUCCCCUCUGGAGGACUUAGAAGUCCUCAGUAAUCAGGUUGCGCUAAUAACCCUCAGCGUGCCAUCAUCUCCAGUGAAGACCGAUACAGGGGAUCCAUUUUUGCUAGUAGAUCUCUCCAAUGAACAUCCUGCUCCCAACUCAGAGUCUUCAGGCGAGUUAAACCCACAGGGUGUCAGUGAGGAGCUGGUAAAGGUGCCAUGUAAGGAGCAGGUCGACCUCCCUCCCUUACAGAGCAGGGAGGCUUUGUCACCUGAAAUUGGAGACAAAGGUUUAUUCCCUGAUCAAGUGACCGAUCUGCCUGUAACCAGUAGCGCUACCCUACAAGGUUUACCUGAGAACUGCCUCCUUCAUAACACACACAGCACACCGCUGGAGUGUUUUGAAGGAUCUGUGCCUUUGUUGGAUUUAGACGUUCCAGAUUUUGACAGCAGCCUAAGCCUGUGGCCUGCCAGUACUGCCUCUGUUAUCUACACAGGAACUCCAUUAGAUGUAUCAUCAGAGGAGUCAGAAGUGGUACAUGAAGAAGCUGCUGUUAUUAGGAAUCUUACUUUAGAGCAACAAGGUGAGAACGACCUGCUUGCUCUGGGUUUAUUAAACGAACCUUCAUCACUGACACUGCCUCUGGUUGAAGAUGCCCUCAUCCAGGGUGAUCUCAGCAGUCAGAGUUCCUCUGUGGAAAACACGCCUAAGGAUUUGAUGGAAGACAACAUCUGUUCUGAAGUCAAAAAUCAGGGAAAUGAGGCAAUGGCUUUGGAUCCGUGCUUGACUGUUGAAGAGGUCCACGAUGACGAAUCUUGGGACUUGAAACCCCAGGAGGGAGUGCGGAAUGAAAACAGUCCAGCAGCUGAGGAGAGGCCGGCCGACACUACACAGCUCCAGGGUUCAGGCUGUGAGGAAGUGGCCUCUUUUGAUUUUUCAGUUCAGGAUUUAAAUACAACUUCUUCUGAGCCUGAGUGGACUAGUGAGCAGGCUGUGGAGACGAUCUCCCUCUCCAACAUGGUGGUAGAUGACUCACUGCCGAUGGUCUCAGCUGUGAGCGCAGGGGAGGAAGACGUCUCCCCUCUGAAAGCUGUGUUCGAUGCUUUAGACCAAGAUGGUGAUGGCUUUGUCCGCAUUGAGGAGUUCAUGGAGUUCGCCGCUGCCUAUGGGGCCGAUCAGGUGAAGGAUCUGACAAAGUUUUUGGAUCCAAGUGGGCUCGGUGUCAUCAGCUUUGAAGAUUUCCACCGUGGAAUCUCUGCCAUUAGCAAUGGAGGCCCGGAGCCACAGCUAUACAGUGUAAACUACAGUCCAGGGGAUGGAGCUGUCGGCUGUCAAGAGGAGUACGAUGAGCAAAAUGAGGUGACAGACAGUGCAUACCUGGGCUCCGAGAGCACUUACAGUGAGUGUGAGACCUUCACUGAUGAGGACACGGGGGCCCUUGUACCUCCUGAGAUGCACGAGGAUGUGGAGACGGACAGCGGCAUCGAGGCCACUCUACACGACCCUGAAGAUGGCAGCAACAGGUUUUCCCUGAACUCAGAGCUCCAUAACCACUCCCUGGUGACGGUCAUUGGUGGAGAGGAGGAGCACUUUGAGGACUUUGGGGAAAGUAACACUUCAGAGUUGCUGCUGGAGAGCACCACAGAAGGGCCCGAGGGAGAGGGUGACUCCCAUCUCACACAGACGCCUGAGCAAGUCAAUGGCUCAGCAUUGCGCUCCCCCAGUGCACCCACUUCUCCCCCUGGCUGCUUUCAGAGCUUCCUCAGGGAGGAGGCGCUGGACUUUUUCUGUAGCCAGUGUCACAAACAAAUAAGUCGUCUCGAGGACCUCUCCACUCGCCUCAGUUUCCUAGAGAUGACUAGCGCUGGCAAGCGGCUAUCCAGCAAGAAAGUGGCGAGACACCUCCUCCAGAACAGCUCAAUGACUCUGGACACCAUGAGCGACUUGACGCGGGACAUCCUGGAGCUGGCUGACAACGACAUCACAGACAAGGUGCUCCUCCUUGAGCGCCGAGUGGCAGAGCUGGAGAAGGAGUCCGAGGCUUCAGGGGAGCAGCACGCACGCUUGCGCCAGGAGAACCUUCAGCUGGUGCAUCGGGCCAAUGCCUUUGAGGAGCAGCUUAAGGAGCAGGAGCUCCAAGCUGACGAGGAACUGCAGCAGGAAACCCGGCGUCACAAGGAGGCCCUCAGCAAGCUGGAGAGAGAGAGAGGGUUGGAGAUCGAAAACAUGCAGGCGAGGCUUCAGCAGCUGGACGAGGAGAACAGUGAGCUGAGGUCCUGCGUUCCUUGUCUUCGAGCAAACAUCGAGAGACUAGAGGAGGAGAAGCGGAAGCUGCAAGAUGAGGCCGAAGCCAUGGCCGACAGGCUGAUGGAGGAGACAGAGUCUCGCAGGAAGAUGGCCGACAAGCUGAGCCAUGAGCGCCACCAGAACCAGAAGGAGAAGGAGUCCACGCAGGAGCUGAUUGAAGAUCUGCGAAAACAGCUUGAGCACCUACAGCUGUACAAAUUGGAGGCUGAGGCAAAGAGAGGACGUUCACCUGGAGCAGGGCUGCAGGAGUACCAGACCCGCACCCGUGAAGCCGAGCUGGAGCAGGAAAUAAAACGACUCAAACAGGACAACCGUACUCUAAAGGAGCAGAAUGACGAAUUAAACGGCCAGAUUAUCAACCUGAGCAUCCAAGGAGCAAAGAAUUUGAUGUCUGCAUCCUUCUCUGACUCCCUGGCUGCAGAGAUCAACUCUGUGUCUCGCACAGAGCUGAUGGAGGCCAUUCACAAGCAGGAGGAGAUCAACUACAGGCUCCAGGACUAUAUUGACAAAAUCAUCGUGGCCAUCAUGGAGUCCAACCCCUCCAUCCUCGAGGUCAAAUAAACAGCCAGAGGGACUCUACGGACUGCAAUUAAGAAAAUUGGAGAUAUUUCUAAUAGAGGAUAUAAAAAUAUUCUGGAAGGAGAAAAUAAACCGUAACGCCCAACUCCCCCCAUCAGAGAGGAUUUAACAAACAGUUCAUGGCUGUCGUUGACAAAUAAGCUAGUUUAUUUUUGGUUAAGUACCCAUCGAAUCUGUGCUUUUUGUGAGCGUCUGUGUCGGCCUUCCUGAUAACACUUGGGUUCUGAUGACGUCCAUGUUGGUGGCUAGAGGGACCCAAGAUUCCCCGUUUGAGUGAAUGAAUGUGUAAAUGUGUGUGUGAGAGGGAAAUAUCCUACAAAGUAGAAACCCCUUUUCCAAACGAUGCUAGAGCUAAAACCUGAUCAGUUGUACCUAAAGGCCUUAAGUAAAAGGUGAUCAGUCUUCAUUAGUUAUGCUACACAUGCCUCAGUUCAGUCAGCGAAGGCUUGCUGGGAUGGUGGCAGCAUGAUGGCUCAGAUCAUCUGAGCCGCGCUGAAUCGUGUUUUUAAACAAAAGCCGUAUGAAGCGCCGCUCAGGAGCCGAGUAGAAUCUGUCCUUAACAUUUUAAAAGUUUGCAGUGCUUCGUAGCACCGCGCGGCGCGCUUCUCUCCUUUAACAGAGCUCAGCCGUCUUUUCCAGGGAACUUCUGCUGGGUCGCAGACAAGGAAUGCCGUGUGUGUGUGUGUGUGUGUGUGUGUGUGUGUGUGUGUGUUUGAUGUGUUCAACAUUCCCCUUUCUUGCUCUGGUUUUGGAAGAAGCUUGGCAACACUAGGAGUGGAAAACAUUCUUGAAACCUUUAAGUGGUCUGUGUGCUUUAUAUCAUUUAUUUUUACAAUGAAACAGGGUCCUGCAGGUCUUCAGGUGGGCUGGAAACACUACGCUUCCCAUCACUCACUGGCACAAACAUUUAGAUAUCUCCCAUUUAUUGCACAAAGUAUAGGCUGGAUAUACUGACUUUAACUCUCCAGACACUUGAACUGAACUUGAAGGGAAGCUGGCGAGUGAUGGUGGAAACUGUAGUUUGGCUUCAGUGAAGUCCAGCCCACCUGACCUCUGCGUUCUCUUGCUGAGUGAAAGCGACAGGGAAGCUUAUCAGUUUUUGUUUUUCCUUCACGAGCGAUUUGUUGUCAGUGGAAAUGUCGUUGUGACUGAAACGCUUACAAAUGACAACUGAGAAGAAUCCAGACUUUGUCUUUUGCACUACAUUUUGAUUUAAAUAUUGUUUUUGUUGAUGGAAUAGAAAAAAAAUGUUUAUUGUAAAGGGAUGAAAUCAUAAAUGAAGAUUGUCAAGUGUGGGAUUUGUUCCUGAAGGAAUCCCACUCAUGCUGUAUUGGGGGAGGGUGUUACAUUGCUCUAAUAUAAUUACAUUAAAUUGAGUUUAUUUAGGAAAAAAAAUCCUGCAGCCAUGACUUCAGAUUAGUUUGUCAUUGAGAGCUCAGAUGAGCUUUCUGCUGACUGUCAGCCAGACCUAAUCUGCAUAUAACAUUGAGGAGAAGUGGCAGACCUUGGUAGCAAUAAUGCUGGCCCAUGAAGUGGACAUUGAUGGGUGGGUUGAAGGGACAGGAUAAAGAAAAGCUGCUCUCCAUUUCCUCUGCUUAAAACGUUUCUCCUUAUUGCUGUAAUUGAGGACGGCAAGAAGGAACAAGGACUGAUUCUGUGCUCAUCGGUACUCUGCAGCCAUCUUCAAACACAUGGACAUUUUUUUUCCCCCUCUGACCUGAAAGUGGAUGUUUAAGUUGGAUUUACAUGCCAGGCAUCUUGUUGGACUCGUAUCAUGAAGACUGGGGGGAGGGGGUUAUUUUUGUCCAAACAGCAUGGCGUUCCGCACACACACGCUAAAAUGAAUUCCUGUUUUUCACACGUUCACCUCUGAAGUCUAUCUCACCGCUCCUCUUCUUCACCUGCCACUCUAUGAAAAAUGGCCUUGGAUGUAAAUGACUUGUACAUGUAAAGUUUUUUCUACACUCAUUCUAGAUUCUAGGUAUUUUUAUAGUCAGGAGAAAAAAAAAUAAGAGCGUUUCUUUUCGUCUUAUGCUGAGAGACGGCUGCCUGUACUCUAGCAUGUAGCGUGUACAGUAUCGUUUGGGUUUCUCUUUUCUCUCAUUUUAAAUCACAUGCAGAUAUUUAUUCGACUUACACUCUGAUCUGUGAUCUGUUCUGCUGAAAAUAUAUUUGUACAUUUUUGAAUUCAUGAGGGGAGGUGAUUAAUUCACAGUGAAUGAAUCUGUGGGCGAAUUUACCGAAUUCAGAGAGUUUAAAGCAAAGUUAUAUAAUGUUUGGGGCAGUCAGCAAACACAAAACAAAGCUUGAAUGUGACCUGCUCAGUGCGGUGAUCUGUUGAGGUCUGGGCUCUCUUCCAUUGUGCUGAUGCUGCUCUGACCUCUUGGGUGUUGUGAUUUAGAUACGGCUGAGUCUGCAGUUUUCUAAUGUCGUCUUCCCAGAUGGAGUCAGGUACUGCAUGGAAACACAGAUUUCUUAAUGUAUAUUUUACUUGUUUGACUUGUUCUCACUGAAGAAUCAUACGCUGAAACAUCGGACGGCAGAGCUGUAGGUUGAGACCUCGACGUGACACACAAAACCUCGUAUCCAGGCUCUAUGUUCAGCUUCCUGCCCUUUUUUUUUCCUGUGGUUCUGGGGGUUUUUUGGGGGGGGGGGUUUCCACGACAGAUUCUUUAUAAUACUGAACCAUUAUUAUGCUAUAAUGUAGAAACAGGACGACACCUGCGCACAGUGGGAUACAUGACACUCGAUUGGUGUUUUAUUGUCUUUCUGACAGACGGUUUGAUGACUGGCGACAGUUUGAUUAGUCGGUGAAGCCACAGAGCUGACAAAAUCUUUUCUUUCAGCAGAGCUGAAGGUGAUUGCACUUUAACCAGAUCUCUCUUCAUUUUACUCCUGCCUUUUAAAAAUGACCAAAGACAUAUUUAAACAUUGACGGAUCAAGUUAUCCAUUAGGAUUCACUUUUAUUAGCACUUCUCCUGUUCUAGUAAAUGAUAAAAACAAGCUUUCGGCUUGGAAAGGAAAGAAGAAGAAACUGGCCUGCUAGUCUAAACACUGUGCCUCUGUCUCAAACUCCUCUAAACUAACCUGAUCAUGAGCCCUGGGGAAAGCACUGACCACGUGACUGUCAGUUUGUUAAAUUAUAAUGAUGAAAUCUAAAGUGUAAAUAUGAAUUGUCUUUUUUUUUUUCUCCUUUUUUUUGUGGAUUUCUUUUGUUUUUGUUUCUUUCAUCUCACGCUCACUUCCAGUGUCCAAAGAAAGUUUGCUCAAGGCACAAACGUCACUACUGGAGUAGUGCAUGGCUUACCAUUAUGUGACAUGGGAAGAUUAAAAGAGAAUAUUGUAGAGGAAAAAAAUAAACUGUAAAACUAUUUUCGAAGAUAAAUGUAUAAAUUAUAACAGUAUUGGUUACAGCUGUAUUUUUUUUUUCUGAGAUCCCCAAAAUGAUCUAAUCCUAAUUGUUCUUGGGGAGCUAUAAUUCAGUCAUUGUAAACAGAGAAAAUUUAAAGGUAAAGGUGAAAGUAAGAUUAGAAAAUAAAGGAAUAAAAUGA